ACACAGUUCUCUCCCCUGAGCCGGAACAGCGCGUAGAGCAGUGGCUACACACUACACAAGGAAUGUCCUAAAUACACUUGUGCUGGUAACGCCAUGGAGAGGAUGUCGUACAUUGCUUCUCUUUGGCUGUUGUUUUUCACCUUCAGAGGCUCCCUCUCAGAGCAAGCUAAACCUCUGUUGAAAACAUCUGGAUCUGAUGCAAAGUUUGAGUGGACAUUGCUUUAUCGAAACAUAUCCUUGUUUACAGUUUCCUUAGAUGGAAACCUUACAUUAUUUUAUACCUCACUGAGCAAUCCAGGAAAUGUUUAUGUGGAUGAAAAGUACACAAACCGCCUGAAUAAAUCUGACAUCAAGCUUGAUAAGAGUGUGACCUUCGUACUCAAGAAUAUCAGUGCUGCUGAUGCGGGCAGAUAUAUUUGUAUUGAAGGAUUAAACUCUGAUCCCAGCAUCCCAGACUGUGGCCAGAUGCUUGUCAUUAUCGAGCCACCUGACAACGUGAGUGUGGUGGCGAUGGGAACUCCUGUGGCUGGAGGAAGAUUUGGACUGGAAUGUCAUGCAGAUUCCAACAGUCUUCCAUCAGAUCAUGGGUUGAAGCCCACAGUUUUGUGGCAAGAUGGAGCAGGGAGAAGUCUAGCCAACUCUGGUGAUAAGUUUCAGAUAGAAGACAACAGACUGAUAUUGUCCAUUGAACGUGUUGAUGAGGGACAGCAGUUUACCUGCAAGGCUUCAGAUGGCCUUGAUGUGUGGUCAGCUAGCAGUCCACCCUACAUUCUUCUUCCUGAGUAUGCACCUACUGAGGCUGAUGUCAAGUUCUUACCUGAGCAAUCUAUAGUGACGACAUUCAUGGGAGAUUCUGUUGAGCAAACAUGCCAAGCAGCAUGUAGACCAAACUGCACACUUAUCUGGCAGAAGAGAUUUGGAGAGGAUUACAUAAAUGAGACAAAGGAUGGAAUCCUAAGCUUGCCAGGGAUCCAACGUGAUAAACAUGGUGUCUAUCGAUGUCUGGCAUCCAAUACACAUGGUAGUGCCUUUCGAGACUUCAUUGUUGACAUUCAGUAUGCACCUAGUCUUCAGAAUGUCUCUGUCAACGGAAAUGCUGUGGACAGAGCGUCAGUGAUGGAAAAUGAAGCAGUUAAUAUGUCCUGCACCUUUGACAGCAAUCCUGCACCUACUGUGAUGUGGACAAGCAAAGAGAACACAAGCUUAAUGUUGCAGAAUGAUAGCUUUGUAUUAUACCAGUCCCACAGAGUAAUGCAGAAUGGAAUUCCUCGUAUUUUGUAUACUUCCUAUUUUUUCAUUGCCCAGACUGUUUGUACUCAAACUGGUGAAUAUUUCUGCAAAGCUAGAAAUCCACGGGACUCAGUCACAGAUGGAACUGUUAAUCUUUUUGUAAAAUGCAUGCCACGCUACACCGAAGGAGGGGGCCUUUCUAAAUUAUAUAUAAUUGAGCUUGGCAAACCACUACGCAUUAAUUUUCAGGUUGUUGGUUACCCAUCUCCCACUAUCAGUCGCAUUAUUUCAGAAGAUUCUAAUGGUGUGCGAGCACUGGUGAGUGAUGAGUGGUCCAUAAAGAAACAAAUUGAUGAUAAAUCUCCAGCACUGACAAAUUUCUCCCUGCAGCUUGAUGCCACUGCAAGUAAAAACUUCGACCAUGAUUAUUAUCUGACCAUUGAGAACAAUGAAGGCAACAUGGACUUGGCUUUUAGACUGAUGGAAAGAGGGCCUCCGAAACAGCCUCACAACCUGACUUGUAUUAAGUCUGAGGAAUCAAGCAUUUUACUGAGCUGGCAAGCUGGUUUCCAUGGCGGUGACAGUCAAAGAUUUGUUGUGGAGUACCAGUCAUUUAGCGAGCCCAGAAAUGAACAGUGGGAGUCGGUGCCAGUUUCUUUUUUGCAGGAAAAUAUUGUAGACGAGGGCAUGGCUGUGCAGAUGACUUUGACAGAUCUGAAGCCAUCAACGCAGUACAUAAUACGUGUCAAGGCAAUCAACAUUUAUGGCAGUACAUCUUCUUCCGUCCUUACUGUUUCAACAACUGCUCUACAACCAUCAUCUGCUGGAGCAGGACCAGUUGUUGGGGGCAUUCUGGCUGUUGUGGUUAUCAUUGGUGUCUGUGCCAUCAUUAUCUACCUAGUGAUCAGAAGGAGGCGAGAGAGAUUAUCGUCACAGGACAAGGGUGCAGCAAAACCAAUGCUCAGCUCCUCAGAGGAAGAUGGUAAAGCUGGUUUGUAUGAACCAGUCGCCCUGUCAACAAAUUCACACUCAAUUCCUUUGAACAGCAUCAAUAAUAAUCCAGGAAAUCAUAGUGGAAAGACAAGCCAAUCAGCUGGUGAUGAUUUAAAGAAGAAUCAGGAUGGCCUGAUCUACGCUGACCUCGACCUUCGUGCCACUAGCUCAGAAAGGCCGGUCUUGGGAGCGCAAGAUCGAGUGAAUUACGAAACAAUUGACUUUACACGAACAGCUCCACUUCCACCAUCUCCAGAGGACAUUGAGCUGCGUGAGGAGGACGAAGAACUGAAGUAGGUCUCUAAAAACUGUGGACGUAAACGCAUGCAUUAUUUACAAGACUGAAAUGUGAAUUGUUAUCACCAAAGAGAUGGUACCACAAUGAUUACUGAUUGGUGAGGUACGUUGUUUUUGAGAGACACUGAUUCUUGCCUUUUACUGUCCAUUGAUUUACAAUUUUUUUCAGUAAGCAUUACAGAGUACAUUGUUCUGAAUACAAUUUGAUGAAAAUGUUUGUGGUGCUAAGCUUUUCCUUUUUUUAAAAAAAAUCUGUUAUUGCACCAAUUUUUUGUUAAAUAUUUAAAUAACAUUAAGUGCAAUGUAGCCAGGAAUCCCCAAUUCCAGACGUCAACAAAGUCAGAUUCUUAUUUUGGUUUUCAGCCUCUGUAUAGGUGUUUUGUGCACUGCAGAUAGAUUGUGAAAUCAGUGACCUGUGUUUUAAUAUUUAAGAUGUAAAGACACAACACAUUUAGAAAGAUAAUCAUGGAACCUUCUUCUGAAGAAGGUAUUUUUAAAGAUUUUUUAAUUCUUGAAAGAUCCACUUGUCAGUAUUUCACGAACUCAGUUUUGUGGACAUUUUAUGGCAUUCUUUAUCCACUUGUCUUUUGAAUGACCUACUGAUGUUGUGAUGUUACUUGUGGAAUCUGAACUGCGAUACAAUUUUUAAGAACUUGCGAACGUGAGCAUGUGUGCACGUGCAUUAGUCUGGGUACACGGAUGUUACACAUUACACUUAUAAAGGUGAGCAAACUUCAUAGAUAUGAUAAGUAAUAUGCUGGUCCUCAUUAUCAUGUGAAGCUUUUUAUACUUUGUUAAACUUUUGUUAAUUUUUUGUGAUGUGCCAGUGUCUACAAUCAAUUUUGUACUGUUGAAGGUCAAUUUAUGGCAGGCUCAGAGACUUUAGGCAAUAUAAAAAAUGCAUUCCAUCAUGCUGACUCGUGUCACUAAAAACCCUUUUUAAAACAUUUUUUAAAAAUAAAGACCGUUUCCUUCUUCUAGAAUUCAUUGUUUACUUGAAACUGAUAAAAUGCUCAAAUUUAUUUCCAUAGGUUCCAGUGUAUUGGUUGAUGAAAGCAUGAAUUCGUGUGUGGAUUUUUUUUAUUAGAAAAGUAUGAGACUGUAUGAAAGCUGUGCCUGAUUAUUCAUUCCUUUAUUUUUGUCUUGGGUGAAUGUUUAGGCAGUCCAGUGGUACAACAGCCAUGUGCUUGUCACCAAUAAAGUGAGCAUCAGGUUCAGAUCAUGCUAUUCUUUAUCUGCAAAUAUUGUACUUGUUCAUAGGGCCAGCUGCUUUUCUUUUAGUUUCUGGCUCAGCAGAACACCAAUUCCCUCCCUUGAAGAUCAAAUGCUUGUUUGGCUUGGUAGAACUCUGGCCAGCAGACAGUGACUGAGACAAGAUAUGAAACUUCCCAUCCCCAUCCACCAAAAACCCAAAUAUAUUUGACAUUGCUAGAGGAUUGUUUAAAGAUCCUGCUUUAGGUUUGGAGCUACUAAGUGCUGUUGAAUCUGAUAGAUGUGUUGAUGAAAGUUUAAUUAACUCAAUACUGGUGCACAGACAAUGUAAUUUCAGCAAGUCUUUGGCGUUUGCUGCUGACCACAAGCUGGACUUGCAGUUACUUUGAAAAUUUCCUGUUGUAGAAAAAGUAGAAUGAAUUCUCUCUAGAGCUACAUAUCUUGAAAUGUAUUUUCUGCUUGGUGUCAGAAUAUAAUUAAUGAAGACCUGAAGAAUAUUAAGUAAUGAAACCAAGUCCUAUGGAAUUACAGUAAGCCUUUGUUUAACUUCAACAGUGUUUUCCUAACAGGUAGUAUUUACAUAAAUGUAUCUCGUAGCUUUAGUUGUAUAAGAGGAAAUCUGUUUCAACAAAUAACUGAAAAUGCUCCCAAACAGAGUGCAACAAACUAUAUUGUAGAAACAACAUACUCUGCAGUUAUUUAUAUAGAUCACAUUUUUUUUCUUGUGUACUUGUUAAAACUAUAUUUGCCUCUUUUGAGGCUUUGUUGCAGGUUUUUAGUUUUGUCAUUUUGUCUGUAGUAUGCAUGGAUGAAAGAUCAUAAAAUGCCAUAUUUUAGUGUUCUUUUUCAAAACUGGGGGGAGGUAAGGGGAAUCUGAAAAUGGCUUUUGAUGAUCCACCCUAUCCUGUUAUCGAUAAAGUAAAUAGUAAUUAAACACAAAUAAGUAAAGACAAAUAUUAGUGAAGACUUCAGUUCAACAAUGUUCUUUUAAUACUUCAAAUCCAAAGGCUAAAUAAAAUUUUACACAUUUAAGGACAAGAGGUAAUAAAAAUAAAGUGCUUAAAUGUUUAUGGUCUUGAUAAUAAUAAUAACUGAAUUGGUAGAUUAAAAAUUUCCUGUGCUUAUUGAAUUACUUGUACAUAUACUCAUCUUAAUAGUCCCUGCAAAGUCAUCCAAAUAUUUAGGUCUUUAAAAAUUGGCAACUUUCACUCAUGAAUACGACAUUUAUGUUGUGUGGUGUUUUGCCUGUAAAUAUUACAUCAUUUUGCUUUUUUAUUUAUUGUGUUAAUAAUUGUGUUUUUAUGUAUACACUUAUGUUUUCCUUAAAAUAUGGUUGUGCUGUAGAUUAGUGUCAUGGUCAUAAGCCAAAGAAAAGAUGUGAGAAGCACAAUAAAUUUCAUUGUAUGCUUCAGAGAAAAACAACCCUCACAUACUUAAAAAGAAAAUCACACUAUAACCUUGAAAUGAUGCAUCACUAAAGUAGAUUUUUUUUUUUAAUAGGCUAGUUUUUAACUCCUACUUUUAAAACAUGCUUUUACCCAUGAUUUUGUCAUACAUGGAGAACAGUAUGCACAUGUCAUGUGGCACUUGUAAGAAACUAGCCAAUUUGAAAAGCAUCUUUAGUACAAGUUUUGUUUCAGACAGCCUCAAAAUUUAACACUGAAGGCUUUUUUUGCGUAGGCUAUAAAGGUCUUGCACAGCAUGCGGGUCUUGUUACGACCACUCAGAGAAGUUGAAUGAGUGAACACGUUAUGUGAAACCCUAGCAAAAAUCGAAUUGACUUCCUUUGUUUGACCAUUCCAGGAGUCUCAACAAAAUCGUUCACGCAUAAUGCAUUUUCUCACUGUCUACUGUCAAGAGAGUGUGUUAGUGUGUGUGCACAUGCUUAGACAAACCUUUGAUGUUCAGUGUGUGCUGCUUAUGCUUGGACUUGUUUGAUGGAAACUCAGUUGGUAGUCCAUGCAUAAUGUAAAUGUCUAAGACACUUCAUACCACCACUGUUGUUGUUGGUGGUGGUGGUAUGAACUACACACUGUAUUUUCUUGCCUUCAUGCCAUAAAAUAUAAACUGCAGAUACGAUGGUGUAGGUCUGAAAGUUGUAAAAUGAAAAGUCCUUACAGCAAGAUCUGAAGCACUGAAUAUUUAUAGGUUUUUUUGGAUAAAAUUGAAAGGGAAGAGAGGUGCUAAAUUUUGAAUAAAUAUGUUGCGCAAAAAAAGUUUGGUUAAUUUACAGUCCGUGAGAUAUGGUAUAAAAAAUGGAUUUAUUAUUUUCUGAUCAUUGCAAGUUCUGAAAUAUGUUAAAUUUAGACUGCUGAUUUUGCUAGACAAGCAUGUAAUUAUUGUUAAUGUAUCUGUUACCCAAGUGCUCUUAAAUUCUGUGUAAAUAUUAAUCUGAUAUUAUUUUUCUAAAGUGGAAAUUGUUGAAUCUGAUAUUGUAAAUCUGAUGAUUAGAUUAUAUAUGUAUGCUCAGCUCCUAGCUUUGUAAGGCACAUACCCUGUGCACAGCUGAGAGAACAUAUUUCUGCCAUGUCCUCAAAUUCUGUCAAGUUUUUUGUUUGUUUGGCUUCUUUUUUUUUUUUGUUUUUGUUUUGUCAUUAGCAUUAAAAGGAUUGCACUUGAUGAUGUUAGGCAUUUGUUUCUGCAUAGCGUCAGUGAUUAUAUGAGACUACGAGAAUCUUCAGUCCUGAAUUAGCAGAGGUCCAGUGUGCAUUUGGAAAUUUAUCCAUCUCUCCUUUAUUUGUUAUUGUUAAUGAUCACUACCACCGUUACUUGUCUCCAACACUGAUUGUGAUUGAUAUUGGCUAUUGCAGUUUUUCCCCCUGCUGCUGGAGUUGUGCCUUUAUUCAAGAUUUUACAUAUAUACUUUUUUUAAUUUAUACAUUUUUCCACUUCAGUGUAGAGUGAGCUAAUAAAAAUGUUUCAUUUAAA